UCCGGCGGCGGUCCCAGAUCUAGGGGGCGCAGCGGCAAGGAGUUGUCCUUCUAAGCGAGAGUUGUAUUUCGAAUCUGCACGUGUUCGCCACCGCCUCCGCUGCCAAAAUGUUCCAGCUGCUGCGCUGCGUGCCCCGCGUCCUGGGUUCUGCCGUCGCUGGUCUCCGCGCCACCGCGCCCUCCCUGCCGCUUCUGCAGCCCGCGUCCCGGCCAUGCGCCCGGCCCUUCGGGCUGCUGAGCGUGCGCGCGGGGUCGGUACAGCUGCCCGGCCUCCUGAAGCCUCGGGGGCCCUGCGCUUGCGGCUGCGGCUGUAGCGGACUGCACACCGAAGGAGACAAAGCUUUCGUUGACUUCCUCAGCGAUGAGAUCAAGGAGGAAAAGAAGAUACAGAAAUAUAAGUCUCUCCCCAAAAUGUCAGGAGGUUGGGAAUUGGAAGUGAAUGGGACGGAAGCCAAAUUAGUGCGGAAAGUUGCUGGAGAAAAGAUCACUGUCACUUUCAACAUUAACAAUAGCAUCCCACCUGCUUUCGGUGGUGAGGAGGAAGAACCCUCCCAAGGGCAGAAGGCUGAGGAGCAGGAGCCUGAAUUGACAUCCACUCCCAAUUUUGUGGUUGAAGUUACAAAGGAUGGCAGCAGCAAGGCCCUUGUGCUGGACUGCCACUAUCCAGAAGAUGAGAUUGGACAAGAGGAUGACCAGAGUGACAUUUUCUCUAUCAAGGAAGUGAGUUUUCAGGCCACCGGCGAGUCUGACUGGAAGGACACAAAUUACACACUCAACACAGAUUCCCUGGAUUGGGGCUUAUACGACCACCUAAUGGAUUUCCUUGCGGACCGAGGGGUGGACAACACUUUUGCUGAUGAAUUGGUGGAGCUCAGCACAGCCCUGGAGCACCAGGAGUACAUUUCUUUCCUUGAAGACCUCAAAGGUUUUGUCAAAAGCCAGUAGAGCAGGCAGCAAGGUGCUGAACACCUUCAUUUUAUGGCAGGCUUUGGCCAGUGAACAAAACCUAACUCUGAAGCCAGACCCACAUGCUUUGAAAUGGUUGGUUUUUUUUUUAAUCCCAAUAUCAUGGAAAAUAAUUCACUUUUAACUUAUUUCUGUUGUCUCUUAUUUACCAUUCAUUUAUCUUCUACAAACCCUUUAUUUCUGGAUUUUUGUAUAACAUAAUGAUGGACAAUAAAAAUCUCCAAGGUGA